CACUACCUAAGUAACGGAACAAGAAAUCUUCUACAUUGACGUACAAGUGACGUUUAUGAUUGACGUUAGUGUUUGAUAUUUCCUUUUGGUCCGGUUCUGCAUGUCUAAGGUGCGAAUUUAGUCAUUCAAUUGCCAAAAUUUUCCAUCAUUAUCUUCUAAAUCACCCGUUUGGUACAACAAUGGCAGACUUGGACGAUUUCUUUGCCAAAAAAGAUCGCAAGAAGUCGAAAGCUACAAAGAAAUACGCCACAGCAGAAGAAGUUGCCAAGAAAUUAGAAGACAGUGCAAAAAAGACUGAGAAAUUAAAGAAAGAACGUGUUAACGAAGAAGAAGAUACUAUAGUAACCGAACAGGAUCAAGACGAAUGGAAAGAAUUCGAGGAAGAAAAGAAGGAUUAUACUGGUUUGAAGAUAGGCAAUUUAACCAUCGGUCAGAAUGUAGAAAGCAGUAAUACAGGUGCUAAGGAAAUCUCUGAACAACAACCAGAAGAUGAACCUGGACAAGAAACAGAAAAAAAAUCUGGACCAUGGAAACGUAUUGAUGUAACAGAAGUAGAAGUAGAAAAAGUUGAAGUAAAAACUGAUCCAAUACUUCCUAAUGUAUCGAAGACUGGUGCAUAUAUACCUCCAAGUAUGAGAGGUAGUGGGGGACAAACCCAUGUUCAACCUACGAGACUCAAUAGAUCAAAAGCGGCCCCGGAUAUUCACAAUGAAGAAUUCUUCCCAUCUCUUUCCGGUGAUCAUAAAAAGAACCGUAACGAGGGAUCUUUUGAAGUGGUGCAGUCCAGUAGGUCGACAUCGCACAGACAAGUCGAACAAUCCAAAAUGAACUCUACUCAGGGCCCCAAGCUGAGCCUGGGCAACCGUUACAAUACCUUGAGUAACGAUAGCUAGUGAUUUUAAAAUUUCAUAGAGACCAAAUGUGUACUGUGUCGAGAGAGGUGACCAGCAAACGAUAAAAAAAAAUAAUAAUAAAUAAAAAAUUGUGUCCGUUCAUUUUAAUUAGGAGACUUUAUAUUUUCUCUUUUUAUGUAAAGAUGUUUUGUCGAUGAUGAUUGCGGGUCGUAUCCUCGAAAAGGACACUUUAAUGCUCAUUAAUGAUUGUAUUUUGGAAUUUAUAGAUGGUAUAGUUACAAUUUUCCUGAUCUUUUUUCAGAUUUUUUCCAAAAAAAGGUGUACUUUUUUGGUUAUCCGAUAUUGAAUUUUUUUCCAUAAAAUCUCGGGUGAUUUUCAGUGUAGGCAUCUCGGUAACGAAAUGACGCGCUUUCAACAUUAACAGUCCAUACAAAUCCAUAUUUUAUUUUUUUUUAAUAAAUUUUUCCCUCAAAUAUUUGUAUAUAGAUAUUUGUAACUAUGUUGUCGAAAAUCAGAUAUUUUUUUUGUUUCUUCGGUGAUACCUUUUCUACAUAUCUCCAAGAAAUGUGGAUAUAUUUUUAUUAUAUUACGAGGUGAAAAAGUCUCCUCUUUUCUGGUAUUUCAUUUUCUUUUUGUUUUUUUUUAAUAUUUAUACAAUUAAUAAAAUUCUUAUCCUUAA